AUGGACUUGGAGGUCAAGAGAGCAAGGAAGAAGAGAGCGGUGUACGGCCAACCUAAGAUCAAGCGGGGAGCCUUGACUAAUGGAAAGGCUCAGGAGUUGGGGGAGAAACUGUUGGCUAUGGGGGCCUGGAGGAGUAGUGGGGACGCGAGUAGAAAAGUAGAAGCUAAGAAAGCGGCAUUUUUUAAGCUAGUGGGGAGCACAGACGAGGAAGAGCGGAGGUCGUAUAGGGAGUAUUAUAAGAAGGCAAGGAGAGAGGCGAAGCUCGCUAUCACGGCGGCUAAGACUGCGGCUUUUGAAAGAUUGUAUGAGGAUCUUGGGGGCAAAAGAGGAGAUAGCAAGCUAUACAAGUUAGCCAAGAUUAGAGAGAUGAAGGCUUAG